GAACAACUGCCUGUGGCCAGACCUCCUGCUGUUAUCGAUAGGGUAAGGGAAUGAACUGAGGCAGCGAACAAUGAUGUGUUCCGCUGUUAUGUUGACGCGUGAUUCGGAUGCAGGCAAGGGGGAGAGUUCGAAGGGUGGCAUCGAAUGGGGGAUUCGGAUGCAGGCAAGGGGCGGCAUCGAAGGGUGGUUCUCCGGCUUUUUGUAGCUUUCUCCACGGCUUUCUUUGGGGUUCAAUGUGAGGCGACGGUGGACCAACGGAUGUAAGUAACACAGCUUCACAGAGGCAUCAUGUGCCUGCCUGUCUGUCUGUCUGUCUGUGUGCAGGUGUGGCUGUCUGGCUGAGUGGCCGAUGGCUUCGCCGCGCUGAUGGUGACGAUGCGGCCGUCUAGUGGCGCGAUGGCCCUCUCCCCACCGCUGCUGAGUGCUGCUCGUCUCUCUCUCUCUGUGUGUGUGUGUGUGUGGAUCCAUUAUCACUGAUGGGCGAGUUCGACAGCGACGAGAUGAAGAUGCGCCGCCGCCAGGCCGCCUUAGACAAGUUUGCAGAGCUCUACGGAUACCGAUACGCGUACAACCACCGGUGAGUGGGGCAGGGAGAACACACUCGAAGGCGAUCGUGUGGUUGGCUGCCUGCGUGUGUGUGGUGUGGUCUUUGUUUGCAGUGGUGUGGGAUAUGUGUGUGGCGCGUCGGAGUCGGCCGCUCGCAACCGUGGCUAUUCCAUUCUCACCCACCCAGCAGGCACUCAAACCACUGAGAGGGCGGCACAGCCACAGCCACAGCACAGGAGGGGCAGACACAGCCACAGACCGCCUGUACGAGUGUGUUCACUCAUUUACAGCACAAACCCACGUGAAUGUGCGUUUUUUUUUGGUUUUUUUUCGUUCCACAGGUGCCCCAGCGGCACCGGCGGACACAUCAGCCGACCGCGCCAUGACACGC